CAUAUUAUUUAUUUCUACCAGCUAAUGAUUCCAAAGUCCAAAGACAAUAAAUAUUUUGUCACUUUGGAAAUUCCUAAGCCGCUGGAGAUCGUCCCCGCAAAUCGGAUUUCGCGUGCAUUUUUGAUAACACCUAAUGUACCAAUUAGCUGCGCAUUCAAUUGUUUGUUAAAAGGAUUUGGUGCAGACUAUGAAAGGUUUUGGCCACAACAGUCGGGCUUCAUUCAGUUCGUUGUGGGUCCUAAUAGUAUUCAAGGUCAGCUCAAGGCUAGACGCAAGAUGAGGUAUCAGUAAAACGCGUAGAGCGAGAGAUAGCCAUCAGUCAUUCAGCGCCCUUUUUCCAAGGAUUACAAUCAUCACUUAGCCGCGGGCCUAUCUCGCUCGGUUUUAAGCACUAAACAAGACGACCCGUGGUUCAGGCGAUGGAAGCGACGCAAGCGAGCAAGCAAAGAUCGAUGUUAAAAACCAGGACCGUGUUCUACUUGAGUGUGGUCGUUUGCCUGCUCUGUUUAACAGAUGGGUCAACAGCGGAAGCUCAAUCUGUGACAGCGAACACAAAGUAUGGAGAGAUUAAAGGUUCAGUCGUCUCAUAUGCAAACAGUAAUGGUCGUGUAAAGUCGCUAAAGACCUUUGUCGGAGUUCCAUACGCCUCCCCUCCGCUUGGGAAGCUACGAUUUGUACCGCCUCGACCUCCGAAGAGCUGGAGUCCGAGAAUAUACGAAGCUACCCGGUAUGGCAAUGUUUGUUUACAAGACACUAGCAAACGAAUAUUAUCUAGCAUCAAAACCCUCAUUCCCGGCAUAGCUGACCCCGCUGCUAUGCUAUCGGAAGAUUGUUUAUAUCUUAAUAUCGUAGAGCCGGGGGAGCCCCCGAUAUCAGAUAAGUACCCCGUGAUGGUCUAUAUACCCGGUCAGGACUAUUCCUCCGGUACAUCCCUAGAUUCGCUAGGUCACGCCUUGGCUUUGAAGGAAGUCGUAGUGGUUUCAAUACAGUACCGACUUGGACCCUUUGGCUUUCUGACAAGUGAAAAAGGAGAAUCGGUUCAAGGGAAUCAAGGACUUUUGGAUCAGGUUCAGGCAUUGAAAUGGGUCAAAGAAAACAUCGAGAAUUUUAACGGGGAUCCUAGCCAAGUAACGAUAUUCGGUCACGGUGCUGGUGGAUCGAGUGUUGCGUUACAUAUCAUCUCUCCCUUGUCAAAAGGCCUUUUUCACAAUGCCAUUUCUAUGAGCGGUGCAGCUCUCGUCCCUUGGGCUACCUGUGGCAAGGACUCACUGAUAUCGAAUACAAAUGCGCUUGCGCACAACGUAGGCUGUCAAUCACCUGACAUGGUCACGUGUCUACAGAGUGUCGAUCCAUGGCUGAUACUUAACGCGAGCAAAACGCUACACUUGAACCGGACACAGCAAAUUUCGGAUUUCAACUUCCGGUGGUGCCCAGUUGUCGACGGCCGCUUCUUACCGGAGGAGCCUAUUGCGCUGUUGCGCACGGGCAGAUUCGCGCGAGUGCCUUAUAUAGCAGGCUUGGCCGCUAAUGAGUACGCGGACUUGUUGAAGAGUAACCUUAGGCGACUGUACGGAAUCACCCAACUCACACACGGCAUAAACGCCUCCAUCUUUGGUCAUUUCACUCAGCGAUUCGCACAGAACAUACAACCAAGCAAACGCUACGGUGGAUUACUGGCUGAUGCCAUGGGGUUUGAAUACUAUCCAUGGCCUAGGUAUCCGGCCCAUAAUAUAAACCCUGGCUUGCUACAAAAAGCCAUCGACUUCGGCUCGGAUUUCUACUUUUCCGCGCCAGUGCAGUCUGCGCUGAUCAUGCACAACGUGUUCGCACGCACCUAUAUGUACGUAUUCGACCAUUGCUCCGCCGCGGAGAGCUGGAGAGGAGCUGCGCACGCAGACGAUCUGAGGUUCCUAUUCAGAAACUCGACACAGGCAUCCCACAAAGAGGAACUCGACAUAAGUCAAGCUAUGGUAACCCUGUGGACAAAUUUUGCCAAAUAUGGCAACCCAACCCCGUUUGGACCUGUUUAUGGGUCUCUGUGGAACGAGUUUAACCGGUCAGACCAGGUUUAUCUGAGUAUUGGGGGGCCGAAGGGGGUCUUGAGCAUGGGUAAGAAUUACCACGGUAGCCGUACCGCCUUCUGGAAUUACUUUUACCCGAAGUUAAUGAACGAAAGUCCAGAAUGCGAAGUGAUGCCUCAAGAAAACAAUGGCGAUAAAGCAGUACUUUCCAAGGUUUAUUUUGCUAUGAUGUGUUCCAUUCCGUUCCUUACUCGGUUUACAUGACGCUAACAUAUUUAACAAGAAGGGGGGCAGGGGACGUUCUGCAAUAAAAAAAAAAACUCGCGUCUUCAAAGAUAUAUCCACAAUGUACGAAUUAUUUGAUGUAAAUUUAUUACAGUGUACAGAAAAUGAAAAUAAAGAAAAAAACUA